AUGUCUCAAGUGGUCUGCAAGUGUAACUUGGAUGAGCCUCUUCCUAUUCGGCACACAUAUAAGCAGCUUGGAGAUGUUAACAUUGCUGGCAUUAUUUCUGUAUUCUCAACCUUUUCUGAUGCCAUUGAUUUUAGUCAACACUCUUCUCAGGCGCUUCAAGAUGGAGUUAUCAAUUCCAGUCCAAGUUGGACAUACCUUGCCUCAAUGGUGCUUCUCUUCAACCAGGGCAGAUUCAUUCCUAACUACAUCUGUGGGGCCCCAAUCAUUUCAGCUGCAGUCAUGGGGGGAUCAGACAUCUGUCUCUACAUGGCAACCAUUCUGUGCAUCUACAAAGUUCCUCAGGGAACACCUUUUUCUAGGUGCAAUGAUCCUUGUGAACCAGGAUACAGCAAGGCCAAGAAAGAAGGGGAAUCAUUUUGCUGCUAUAAUUGCCUUCCAUGUCCAGAGGGGGAAAUAUCAAAGGAGAAAGACAUGGAUGAGUGCUUUCGGUGUCCAGAAGACCAUUAUCCAAAUCCUGACAAAAAUACCUGUAUUCCAAAGCAAAUCACAUUUUUGUCCUAUGAAGAGCCCUUGGGCAUCAGUCUGACUGUUCUUUCUCUUUGCUUUUUUUUAAUGACAUCUUUGGUCAUCACAAUCUUCAUGAAACACAAGGACACUCCCAUUGUCAAAGCCAACAACCGGAAUCUCACUUAUACACUUCUAGUUUCUCUUCUCCUCUCUUUCCUUUGUGUCUUUCUAUUUAUUGGAAGACCCAAUAAGGUUGUGUGUCUCCUUCGACAACCAGCUUUUGGGCUCGUCUUUUCUGUGGCAGUUUCUUGUGUGCUGGCCAAAACCUUUGUUGUGGUUCUAGCAUUCAUGGCUACCAAGCCUAGUUCCAGACUGAGGAAAUGGGUGGGGGGAAGAAUGGUUAGUUUCAUUCUUCUAUCUUGUUCUCUUGUUCAAACAGGUUUUUGUGCUGUGUGGCUGAUAACAUCCCCACCAUACCUAGAUUUUGAUAUGCAAUCAAUGUCUGAAGAAGUGAUCAUGAAAUGCAGUGAAGGAUCAGUCACCAUGUUCUACUGUGUUUUGGGCUUUAUGGGUUUUCUUGCUCUGGUUAGUUUCUCUGCUGCUUUUCUAGCUAGGAAGUUACCUGACAGUUUCAAUGAAGCCAAAUUCAUCACCUUCAGCAUGUUGUUCUUCUGCAGUGUUUGGUUGUGUUUUAUUCCAACCUAUCUAAGCACAAGGGGAAAAUAUACGUUGGCUGUGGAGGUCUUUUCCAUGAUCUCCUCCAGUGCUGGAUUAUUGCUGUGUAUCUUUCUUCCCAAGUGUUUUAUCAUUGUGAUGAGACCUGAACUGAACAAUAAACAUCAGUUCUAA